AGUCCUUGAAGAUCACAAGCGGCACUUUCUUACGUCUGCUGUCUUAUUUUGUUAUUUUUAGCAUUAAGGACCCCGUUAUAACGUGUCUUUCUUAUCAGUACCUGCAAAUUGUAUAAUCUAUGCAAUAAUCAGUGUGAUAUUGCUGGCCAAAGGCAGCACACAGUAAGGAUCAUGAAAAGAAGACUUCUGUUGGUAUCAAACUCCACACUGUAUGGGGGAGGAUAUCUGGAACACUGUCAGCAGCAGAUCCGAGACUUCUUUGGAAAGGAGGUAAAGAAGAUUCUGUUUGUCCCGUAUGCACUCCAUGAUCGAGAUGCUUAUACAAAGACUGCCAGAAACAAGUUCAAAACAUUGGGCUAUGAAGUGGAAAGCGUCCAUGAGACAUCAGACCCUGUGGAAGCUGUCAGAAAAGCUGAAGGGAUAUUCAUUGGUGGAGGUAACACAUUUCGCCUGCUGAAAGCUCUCUAUGACAACAAGCUUGUAACUGAAAUUAAAAAGAGAGUUUUACAGGAUGGAAUACCAUACAUGGGAUCUAGUGCAGGUACAAAUGUGUCCACCAUCAGCAUCAACACUACUAAUGACAUGCCCAUCGUCUAUCCACCCACAUUUGCUGCUAUUGGUUUAGUGCCCUUCAACAUUAAUCCUCACUAUUUGGAUCCUAAUGUCAACAGUAAACAUAUGGGGGAAACGCGUGAGCAGAGAAUUAUCCAGUAUCAUGAGGAACCGGAUACACCUUGUGUGCUGGGUCUCAGGGAAGGAUGUAUGCUCUUAGUAGAGAACAACAAAGCCACACUGCUUGGGUGCACCAAAGCUCGACUAUUCCAGAGAGCGCAGCAAUCCACAGAGUAUGAACCUGGCAGUGACCUCAGCUUCCUACUGACUGAUGCACAAUGAGCUGCUAAAUAAUAUACAAUACACACAAAAUUAAUUUUUUACAAUAAUAAAAUGUAUUUUACUUGUUUGUUUUUUUAUCAACCAGACAAGUGGUUGAGUUGCAAAAAUAUUGUGAGGUCCAGUUUAUCAUUGUAGAUUACAAUAUCAGAACCUUUAGACACAGAUAAAGUACAAAGUUUACCGCAUGGACAAUUUUUGGGUAAUGUCAGCCUUAAGAUAGAAAAUAAACUUUUACUCGCGGUAUUCACCAUUUGAUAGGUCAGAAUUUAAUAUUUGGUGGUCCUCCAAAUGUGAAGUCUUUUUUUGUUUUAAAGCAUAGUUCUCCAUAGUCAGGUAAGAAAAUUGUCACACCCAUAACGGUACAUUUCUCAUAAAUGGGCACAUGUAAAUUAAAUUACAGUAACUAUUUUAUGUUAUAUGCAGAGCCACCCCUUUUCCAUUAGUUGGGUAUGAUUUCUUUUCUUUAAUUCACAGAAAUCUUACAAAGUACAUUGUCUCUCAAAAACAUGCAUAAUUUUUUUCACAUCCAUAAUGAAGCAAUUUUCCCUCUUUUUAAGCUCGAGCAUGGAUUGUUUUUUAUCUCCGGGAUGUAGUAAAACAUAUAGACAUGGUGAAAUAUAUAGGUAAUAAAUACAUUCUCUUGGAAUUUAUAUUUCAAUUGGUGGAAAAUGUCACAUCCAUAACACUGGAAAUGUUCAAAUGUAGAAGCACAAGCCACCUGAUGAGACAGAAAAUAAACAAUACACCAGUA